AGGCCACCCCAGCACCAGCCAAGGCUCCCGCCGCGGCACCGCCCACCAAGGCCGCCGCCUCGCCCCCUGCCCCGGCUCCCAAGGCCAGCACCCCGCCGGUCGAGGCCCCCGUCGCCGCCCCUCCCGCUCCCGUCGCCGAGGCACCCGCCACCAUCCCCACCAAGCCCGACGCCCCCGCGCCCGCCCCGGCCAAGAAGAAGAAGAAGUCGUCCUCCAAGAAGAAGAAGAGCAAGGCCCCGGCCCCCGCUCCCGUCGCCGCCGAGGCCCCCACCAAGUCCAAGAAGGCCAAGGCCCCCGCGGCCUCCGACGACUCCGAAGCCCCCGGCCCCGCACUCGAUGCUGCCGCCGACGACACCGCGGGCGCGAUCCAGAGCAUGGCAGGGAACAUCAUGUCGGCGUGCGCGAUGGCGCUGGGCCUCCUCGCCCUCCUCGCCUAGGCGAGCAAAGCCGGCGAACGCGGGAGGCCAGCCGGCCGGCCCGGCCCUGUCGAGGCCCGCCACGAGGACACGCAAUCAUGCGGCGGCCGCUGCACCGCGCCUUUCGGACGAGCUGUCUGCGUCCGUGUCUGUGCAUGCCACCACAUUUUGUGCUGUAUCUCGUGUCUAUUUUUUCUAACUGGCCGGACGGGCCGGCAUCUCCUUCCUGUGUAGUCCCACUCACGCACGUCCGCCUCGGAUUCUUUCUUUCUUGCCCCCUUCCUGUACCAAAUUGAGGAGAUUUGAUUUAUAUUUUUAUUAUUACCCCUCAUUGUAUUAUUCCAUCAUUGUUUAAUCAUAGAUCUGUCUCUUUCAUCA